AUGCCUCCACGACUACAGCUCCUCCGACGCGCCGUCGUCACUAUACCGACUGCGCAAACAUACCAACCCAUCGCGCCGUUCCUAUACCCCUUCCUGAGCCAACAGCGCUCCGCAUCAAUCUUGUCCUCCUUGUCGGAUAAUAAGGGCGCUUACAACAAGAAGAUCAAGCGCGGUCGAGGACCCGCAAGCGGCAAGGGAAAAACAUCUGGUCGUGGCCACAAAGGUCAAAAGCAGCAUGGCAAAGUGCCAGCGGGAUUCAAUGGUGGUCAGACACCAGACUGGGUGGUGUCCGGAAAGAGAGGUUUUGAGAACCACUUCUCCGUGGAUAUGACCAAGGUCAAUCUGAAUCGAAUACAAUACUGGAUCGACAAGGGCCGCUUGGACCCAACACAGCCCAUCACACUGAAGGAAUUGAACGCUUCACGGUGUACACAUGGUAUCAAGGAUGGCAUCAAGCUGCUGGCGCGUGGGAAAGAGGAGCUUACGACGCCCAUCAACAUCGUAGUCUCCCGCGCAUCGGCUGAGGCUAUCAAUGCGGUCGAACAGCUUGGCGGCACGGUCACCACGCGAUACUACACCAACUUCGCCAUUCAGAAGAUACUGAGGGGAGAGAUGGACCCAGUACACAGUCUUCAGUCACACAUAACAAAGUCCGCAGGGUCAUCUGAAGGUGCUGAGGAGGCAGCAGAAGCGAUGGAGCAAGAACGAUUACAGUAUCGGUACAGGUUACCAGAUCCUACUAGCAGAAAAGCCCUGGAGUAUUACCGCGACUCUGCACACAGAGGUUACCUGAGCCACAUGGUAGAGGAGGGCCAUGGGCCAAGUUUGUACUUCAAGACCCCCGGUAUGAGUAAGUCGAGCGGCAAGAAGGCAUCGGGCGGGAAGCAGAAGACGUCAGCACAGAAAUCGGAGAACAGGCUGUGGUAG